AUUCUUCGUGUGUACGCUGGCGGUAGUGUUUUGAAGGUGCGUCGCGCGCGUUUUGUUGUGUUGCCGUGUUUCGCCAAGCGUCGUGCAUUUUGUCGCCCUCUCGGUGCGGGUGGGUGUGUGUGAGUGCUUGAAUAUAAAUCUGUUUAGUUUGCAAAAUAAAAGAAAAAGGUGCAUACAUAUAGUGAAAUGUGGGUGGCUCGAAAUCGAAAUCCCGGUGGUAGAUAGUAAAUAAAGCGCAGCAUUAACGGAGCGGGGUUCUGUGGGGGAAAAAAUGGCCGACGAAACGGGUGAAGUGCGGUCGCUACUGAUGCGUCAUCGGUUGUCGAUUGUGCGUGAUUUGAUUGGUACAAGCUUGCUGCAGGUGUUGCUAAAGGCCGGCGUCCUUACGCCCGCCCAGGAGGAACAGCUGACCGGUGAGCCCAGUCUCGAUGCGCGUUGCGAUCAGCUAAUCGAGCUGAUUGCUCGCGACGGGUUCGAAAAGUUCAAACAGUUUUGCUACGCCAUCGAGUCCGAAUGUAGCCAGCUGAUUUCGGACCUGAUCAACGAUAAGCUGUCCCAGGUGGAGGACGACGAUGAUGACGGUGUGGCGAACAUUGCUGGCAGCACCGGUCCGUCCAGCUCCGAUCCAGCUGCUAUCGUACAGCUUCCAGCCGAAGGAGCUCCAUUUGCCGUGCCGGAGGCAAUGGAUAUCGCUGUGCCGGGAGUCACGCACGAUGAUUCGUCACUCAAGAAUGGCAGGGACACAAUUGAUUCGAAUCGAUCGCGAAGAAGCACAAGCUACUGCGGCACAUCGACACCGACACCGACGACGGUUCCCAUCAGUAAUACCGUUUCCUCGCGCCGUUCCUCACUGAUAUCGGCCACAGCGUCCUCUGCCAGCAAUCAGCAGCAGCAACCACCACCAAUUCCACAGUUACCAUCGAAAACGGCAGUAGCCGGCACAGCAACCCAUAUUGAUCUCGCUGGCUGUGAAAGCAAGUUUGCCGUGUCGAACAACAACUUUAACAACUCGUCCGUAAGCAAUGGUAGCAACAGUAGCAACAACAACAACCAAAGCAACAACCAUCGAACAUCGAACGGGGACAGCUCCGCGACCGCCAAUGGCGUUCCCGACGCAAGUGUGCUCCGCAGUAUCCGGCAGGCGUUGGGUCAAGGCCACCUGCCACCGUCGAACAAGCGGCUGCAAAAGUCAGAAUCGGCCGCCUACUCGUACUUUAAUCCGAAGCGGUUUAGCUCACCCCCGUUCGGUGAAAUGGCCGGCGGUGGUGGUACCACGGAUCGGAGGCUCAACUUGAAGAACAAAACGGCCAGCCUGUUUCGGAGCAAAUCGAAAAAGGAGCAGCGUACGUACCACCGGUCGGUGAAUGAAACGAUCGAGGUGCUGGCGGAUCAGGUGGUGGAGGAUGAGAAGGUGCUGGAACGGACGUCAUGGGAUUACAGCACGGUCACACUUUCCCGAGUCACCGGAUACGGGUUCGGCAUUGCCGUUUCGGGCGGCCGCGAUAAUCCGCACUUUGCGAACGGUGAUCCAUCGAUUGCGGUUAGCGAUGUGCUCAAAAAUGGUCCCGCCGAGGGUCAGCUACAAGUUAAUGAUCGAAUCAUUUCCGUUAACGGUGUGUCGUUGGAGAAUGUCGAGUAUGCCACAGCCGUUCAGGUACUGCGUGAUAGUGGCAAUACGGUAACGUUGAUGGUGAAACGGCGCGUACCGAACCACAGUCUAAUGCAUCCACUACCGGGUGCGAACAUGCACGGGAUGACGGCAGGACCGGGAGGUCCUGUUGGACUGUCUGGUGGACCGGCAGGACCCGGUGGUGGUGGUGGUGGUGGUGCGAUGGGUGGCCUGUCGACGAGUGUGGUGGGCAUGAACUCGCAUCAACACCAGCACAGUAUCAGCUCGACCGGGCUAGGGCUCGGUGCAAACAAUGGAUCUCAGCAGCAAAUCAAAGUGAUCGUCACGAAGGCGAACAAAAAGGACGACUUUGGAAUUGUCCUCGGCUGUCGAUUGUUUAUACGGGAAAUAUCUUCCAAGACUAAGGAUCAGCUGGCAGCCAAUGGGUACUCGCUGCAGGAAGGCGAUCUGGUCACACGCAUCCACAACACCAACUGCAACGAUUCGAUGAGCCUGAAAGAGGCGAAAAAGAUCAUCGAUGGAUGCAAGGAACGGCUAACGCUCGCGGUGCUACGCGAACCGAACGGCAUCAGUGGAAGCUAUGGUGGUGGGGCGGCCGGUGGAACGGCGUCCGGCAUGCAAUCGCCCGUCUACUCACACACGGCCCAGGUUUCGAACUGUAGCAAUAUGGAUGAGAAUUAUCUCAACGGAACGGGCGGUGGUUCGUACUCGGGCCAGAAUUUGUACGUCCAACCGCCGACGAGACCGUCCGCCAUGAGCACGCUGCUGGCGGAUGAUAAAAGCAAUCUCACGCCGAGAGGACGUUCCCGAGGACCGUUGACCGAUAUUUCGCUGCAGCAGCUCGAUCGUCCCAGUACGCCACCGGGCACGUCUAGUCGUACCGCCGAUGGAGGUGCGGGCCAUUCGCGAUCGCGCAGCGUCGUAGACGAACCGCCGAGACCGCCACCGCCCAGGGGCGAAGAUUUCUACGCCACCAGACGCCAGCUGAUGGACGAAAAGCCACCGACCGCGGAACCCCGGUACAUCACAUUCCAAAAGGAGGGCUCGGUCGGUAUACGGCUGACGGGCGGUAACGAGGUGGGCAUCUUUGUGACGGCCGUGCAGCAAAACAGUCCCGCCUCCGUGCAGGGUCUGGUGACGGGGGACAAAAUACUGAAAGUGAACGAUAUGGACAUGAACGGAGUUACCAGGGAGGAGGCCGUGCUCUUCCUGCUUAGCCUGCAAGAUCGCAUCGAUCUGAUCGUACAGUACUGUAAGGAGGAGUUCGACACCAUUACCGCUCAGCAGCGGGGAGACUCCUUUCACAUCAAGACACACUUCCACUGCGACGCACCGACCAAGGGUGAACUGUCCUUCAAGGCGGGCGAUGUGUUCCGGGUGAUCGACACACUGUACAACGGGGUGGUUGGCGCCUGGCAGGUGUUACGCAUUGGCCGCGGCCAUCAGGAGCUGCAGCGCGGUGUCAUUCCCAACAAGGCGCGGGCCGAGGAGCUGGCAACGGUACAGUUUAACGCGAGCAAGAAGGAACUGAACGCAUCCGAGUCGCGGGUUAGCUUUUUCCGGCGGCGCCGUUCGACGCACCGCCGCUCGAAGUCACUGUCGCGCGAAAACUGGGACGAUGUCGUGUUCUCGGAUGCCAUCUCCAAAUUCCCGGCCUACGAACGUGUCGUGCUGCGGCAUCCCGGUUUCGUGCGGCCCGUCGUCAUCUUCGGUCCCGUAGCGGACAUUGCACGGGAACGCUUGAUGAAAGAUUUCCCCGACAAGUACACGGCACCGCUGCAGGACGAUGAUAAGGGUUCGUCCAAGUGUGGGGGAAUCGUGCGGCUGUCCAACAUUCGUGACAUCAUGGACCGGGGAAAGCAUGCGCUGCUCGACGUGACACCGAAUGCGGUCGAUCGGCUGAACUACGCGCAGUUCUACCCGAUAGUGAUAUUCCUGAAGGCGGAUACAAAGCACACGAUCAAGCAGAUGCGCCAAGGGUUGCCGAAAUCGGCCCACAAGAGCAGCAAGAAGCUGUUCGAACAGUGCCAGAAGCUGGAGCGCGUCUGGUCGCACGUGUUCAGCACCACGAUCAAUCUGAACGAUCCCGACACGUGGUAUCGCAAGCUGAGGGAUUCGAUCGAUCAGCAGCAGAGCGGUGCGGUGUGGAUGUCGGAGACUAAGCCGGUAGAAUCCCUGUCGGAUGAUUUCCUUUUCCCCAUGACCACAUCCCGUCUGUCCUACGCCUCGAGUCCAGAAUCGGACCUGGAGCUGAGCCCCGGUCCGUCGGCAUCACUCUCAUUGGGCAACUUGCCACAGCUGGUGAAGUCCAGCUCUGAUCCAUCGAUUGCCACUAAUCAGGAUAACUUGGAUAGGGAUAGAGAACUCGGUGACGGAAUGCCACCACCAUACACGAAUCCCUACGAACAUGCGCCACACGCCCGCCGAAUGACCGUGGACAACAAGUAUGGCUUUUCAUCGAGCAAAAAUGGCGGCGGUGCACCGGCAAUGAAUCCUGACGAUGCCAUUUACGGUUCGUCCACUGCGCGUGCUGCUCCACCGCUGCAAGGUUCAGCGAAUGGUCCACACUUUGGAGCAGUUCCAGAUUUACCGCCCCGCAUUGACAGAGCAUCCAAGCCGCCGAACGGACCGGGUGCUCCCAGUACAUCCGGUUCUUCGUUGCCAUCGCGCAAUUCAAGCUCUGGCGGAACGCUCGGACGUUCGGCACAGGAACGGCUGUUCGGCAAUGGGAAACAAUCGGCCGGCGAUGCGCUCCACGAUCCCUCGUCCGCGCACGAUGAGUACAGCAGCAGAAGCCAGCUGCUAGGGCACGGAGGGCCCGACAAACGGCCAGCCCUUCCACCGAUGGUCAACGGCGGAGGCGGACCGAUGGCGGGUACGCCCGGCACCGGUAGCGCUAACACAUCGCUGGAUCGUAGCGGUGGCGGUGGCCAUCAUCAUCCUGCGUCCGGCAGCAAUCCGAACACGUCGUCCGGCAAGGCGAACGGAUCGUACGACAGUGUGUCCAGCUACGAUUCGUACAACACGUCAUCGCAGCUGACCGCACAGAAUAUGAGGUUAGGACCCAAUGCACCCGAUGAUCUGAAAUCGGUGCCCAACAAUCGUAAUGGAGCUCACCCGAUGGGAGGAAACGCAUCCGGUGACUAUGGGAGAAAUCCUUCGAUGAAUAGCACCGCAUCCGAUAUGCUGCUGACAACGGCGGCCAGAAGCAACUACAACGGCACCGGAGGAGCGCAUGAAGCGCUAACGCAACGAAACUCGGGCGAUCGUUCCGGGCCGGGCAUGAACAUGCCGCAAAGACCAACGAACCUCGUGCUGGACAGUCCAAGAAAGCACCUUAUCGAGACGAAAACGGAUUACGGCAAAUACAGCCGUAACAAUUCUGCAUCGCAGGCCGAUUACUCGAAACCCAACAAAGGACCUUCGAUGAUCGGUUCACCAGGACAGCCGCCCGGUGGUGGUGGAGGUGCAAUGGGUGCCAACAUGGGUAACGGUGCACCCUUCAAACCAGUUCCGCCACCAAAGCCUAAAAACUACCGGCCUCCAGUCGGCGGUGCUGGUACCAACGGUUCCGGAAUGCAUCAUGCGGGACAGUGGGAUAAUGGGGAACCUAUUUCACCUCGCUCGCCCGACGGGUUCUACUAUCCUCCGAUGGCAUCCUCGCACUACCAUCAGGGCAUGGCUCACAAUGUGCCUAGCUCACCGAACAAUGGUGGAUCCGGCCAUGGUCCGGCCAUGCAUCCGUACAAUCCGUACACGGUCGGCAGUGGUGCGAACGGUGGCAAUGGAGCGCCGAUGUACAACGGAAACGGCAACGGUAGUCAUUCUUAUAUGAGCAAUGGUGGUGUCAGGGACGUGGGCACAAUGGGGGCAAGCAAUGGUUAUAACAGCGGUAACGCACAAUACCCCUACGGCAAUACUUACAUGCAUAGAGGUAAUGGGACAGGAACUCAUGGCAUAGGCAACAUGCCAGCCAUCCAUCCCACGGAUCGACAUGCGCUCGAUCUCGCCGGUAGCCGAGAGCAGCGAGGAUCGGCCUUCGAGCUUUACCGCAAACCACAGCUCGGCACGAUGGUUGGGCACCACCACAACAUACGAGACAUGGAGCCAAUGAUGUCGAUCCAUGAGUUCAACCAGCACCAGCAGCAUCUGAUGCACCAGGAACGGAUGCGCCAGCUGCAGCAGCAACCCCUGCCACCGAUACCGGGACCGCCACCGCGCGGCAUCCCAUACCCGGGACACGAUCCAUCCCUACCGCCCGAGCUACCGGCAAAGCCGCCGAAGAAAAACAUUCUCAAGUCACCGCUGAAAGCGAUCAAGAAUGCGUUCAUCAAGUCUACCAGACCGCUGCGGCGCCAGGUAAGCCUGGCGGGUGAUGCGGAUAAAAAGUCGCUCAGGCCCAUACUGAAACGUCAGCACUCGAUGAUGGAGCCCCGUUCGGCCCGCAUGCGCCUGGCAGAUCAACAGCAGCAGCAGCUGCAGCAGAUGUACGAUCAGCGCGCAAUGUACGCACAGGAGCUGCAACAGCAGCAGCAACAAGCGUACUACAACGAUCCACGCUACUCCUCGUCCUAUCAGGGUCCAUACUCGCCGCAACCCGUACGAGGUUUCCAGCGGCAUGAAGCAUACUAUCCGAAGGAUGGCAACAGUACCUACCAGAAUCUGGAGCUGGAAUCGAUGUACGGCCACAGCCAGGGCAGAGCGUAUUACGAUGGGCAGCAAAACGAUGGACAAAGUUACUAUCAGCCGGAUGAAAAUUUGUACGCUAACCGGGCGCUUAUUGAGCUGGAACGUGGCCGAGCAGCACCGCUAGGGCCGGGCGCUACGGUGAGCACACUCGGGCGAAGGAUAGUGCGGCGCCAUAGUAUGGCCGAUCGUACCGCCCCGUCGCCCAGCUUCAAUCAACUGAAUCGUCGACGGAUGGGAUCGGAAAGGGCACCGCAUCAUGCCUCCAUAGUGGAUCAUCAUCGUCAUCAUCAGCGCGGUGCGAUGGCAAGCGUUGCAAACGUCAGCGGCCAUGGCUCGGGUCACGACGAAUCGAUCUAUCAGAGCAAGAGUGGGUCGUUCCUGUACAACGAGGCCCGGGAGCAUACGCGCCGCACGUUCGACGAGCCCGUAUACCAGAGCCGGCGGGAGAUGCACCGGGACCAUCUGUACCAGAGCAAACAGCAGAUGCAAGAUCGCAUCCAGCAAAGCCGGCUGGUGGAGAUGCAAUCGCAGCAAACGCAACCACCCGGAUCAUCGCCAGCGUCCGGCGGCAAUGGUAGUGGAACGACGACCACGUCCACCGCAAGCGAUCGCUUCCUGCGCAACCAGGGUGUAGGGGCCGCCGGUGGUGGUCCGGCGAGCGGAUCGUGCUCCAGCUCUCCCAACUCACCGUCGAGCAGUUCGUGCAAGAGUGGUUACUCCUCAUCGCGAAAUGGAGGCGAAAUGCGCGAGAGACGAACGCAAAUGCGUGAACAGAUUUACCAAUCGCGCAAGGAGGCGAUGGAAUCGAUGGCCGAACCAGUGUACGUGUCACGCCGGGAGUUGAAGCAUGAGCCGAUCUACGAGUCGAAGAAUGAGCAUGCCGAGGUGGGCGAUCUGCCGGUUAGUGAGAUGGAGGGACUUUGUCUGCAUGAGACGGAACCAGCCGAUAGUGGCGAGUCGAAGUCGGAGAAGCUUGAAACGAUCGCCGUAGCUAAGGCGGACUGCCGCGAGGACCAAAACUCCCGUGCGCCAUUCACGCUCGGGGCACCCUUAGCUGCCGAAGAAGACGACGACGACGUGGCGGGAGACGUAGAGGAGGAGCAGGACAAAAGUGGGGAACGAACGCUUACCGUUAGCAAUCAAAACGAUUCCGCGUUCGAUAAGCUGCCGGUGGCCAGCCCCGGCAGUCCUGUGGCAACGUCCUCGCCCGUACCGAGCAUCGGCACACCGAAAAGCAUCCGAGCGACGCACAUAUCGAACUUCUUGAAGCGAACUGCCCCACCGGUCAUGCCGCCGCCUCCACCACCCCCAACCGCCGCUCCCCGGCCCUCGCAUCCGGCAGUCCCGGACGCAGCUGCUGUGUACGCGAGCCGUACAUCGAUCGAAACGCAGUACACCGCACCGGCCACCGGUUCGCAGAUGAGCCUUCCGAUUGGGCCACCGAACGCAACCAGCACACCGUUCGCUAGCGAGCUUUCGCUUGGGCUUCCACCGCCCCGCCAACCAAUCACCCGGCGCGGCCUGUUCGAUGCGUCCGGCGGCAGUUUGGCCGAUCCGGUCUGGAACGUGUCGCUGCAGAUACCGCCCGGUGCGAUCGCGCCCGGCGUACAGCAGGAGAUCUACUUUACCGUCACCGAUCCGCGGCUAAGCGAAAGCGUUGGCGGACCGCCACUAGACAUGGAGAAUGGUGAAACGAUGCUGUCACCACUCGUAAUGUGUGGUCCUCAGGGAACAGAGUUUCUUAAGCCGGUCACGCUCAACAUACCGCACUGUGCCGGGCGCACCGCCUCGCUAGGCCUAUCGCUGAAGGCGACCGAUAGCGAGAAGAACCUGCAGACCGACUGGGAGGAUAUCGAUCUGCCCAGCAAUACGGCGGCCCACACCGUCUCGGUAAAGGUGGACCAUUUCUAGUACGUGCCAGCCGUGUACCCGCGUGAGUAGACGGUCUCUCAUUUACUUCCAUUCAAACAAAAUGCACUGUCCUGCGCCCAGCAUGCCGUACCGAACAGUAGUGCCUUUUAGUCGUAUCGUAUUUGAGCGUUAGUCCCAUUUCGUGGUGUACGAAUAAGCUCCUAAAUAGGGGGAAGAAGGGGGGCAAAAGAAAAAGGGAUAGGCAGGCCAUCAGAAGAAGAUAAUGCAUAUGCUUGCUCUUGCUGCUUACCGACGCAUCUUUGCCAUUUUAUCUAUAGUGUAGCGCGACGCGAAACCAUCUGACCAUACUACGUAAGAACCUGGGGGGCAAUGUGCUUGAUAAUCUGUGAAAGCAUAAAUGUCUCGCCCUUUUUUUUUCAAGCACUACAGUGCAUAGCAGUAGUAACCGUUUUCCCUUCUCCGCUUUAUCAGUGGCAUACGCAGCCCAUCAGUUACGUGAUAGCUUACCAUGUAAAUAGUUUAAAGUUAGUAGUAAAGGGAGGCAGAAUGAUGCUCCUUUCACAGAGCUACGCGAUAGGCUUCCCGUAGAGAGGAUCGGAUCGCGAAACACCAUUAGUUAACGGCGAGAAGUUAACACGUGACAUUUGCUAGGAAUAUACAUAUACGUAGGAGUGAUUUAAAUCCCCAUAUAGCUGUCAAAUGUAUUUCUGCUGCCAUUCUGUGACAGUGACACAAUCUUUAGUGUACAAACAAGCAAAAGUGAGCGCUGUACGCCCUUGAAGUGCGUAGCAUUUUAUAGUAGACACUGUUCGCGGAAACAUUGUAAGUUUUUUUGUAUGCGAACACACACACACAAUUAUGGAUUUAUAUAUAGGUACGGUGGUGUAUGUUUUGUUAAUAAAAGAAUAAAAAAUAUAGAAUUUAAUACAAGUACCGAAUCGAA